GAAACUGAGGCACGGAGAGGGACGACGUGACUUGCCCAAGAUCACCCAGCAGCACAGGCUUGAGUUCACUGCACUUAAUCCCUAACACAAGCCCUGCCAACGUCUCUCCUACUUUGCCUUUCUACUCUGCGACGCUCCUUCGGUUUCCUUGGCCAGUGACGUUGCCUGUGGAGAAAACAUGAUGACCAUCUUGUGCCCAGGGGGGUUCUGUGGCAUAACUCCCAAGGCCGGGGCCACUGUAGCUGCUGUCUACAUGAUCCUAGUGACCAACAUCUACCUGAUCUGUGAGGUUGGCCACUUGGAACGAGCAAUGACGGACAUGGCACAAAUCAAGCCUUUCAACUUAACUGAAGUGGGGAAGAUGCUACCGUAUUGCUACUAUACAGGCAUCACGCUGGCUGUCAUGACCUACCCGGUGUGUGCCUUCCUCAUCAACUCAGUCAAGAAGCGGCUCUACAUGGGCAUGUUCGCCUAUGUUGCAUGGAUCACCUUCUAUGACCUGGCUAACUGCCUCAUCGUGGCCCUGGCUUACCAGGUCUCCAAAGAAGCCUGGUUUUCCCUCAGCCCCCUGGAGUGGUUUGGGCUGACCAUCAGGAUCCCCAUGGAUUGUUUCUGGCUCUCCUUCAUUGUCACAUAUGCCCUGAUGAUUAUUGAAAGAAAAGGGCAAGAAAGGCUGUCACUCGGGAUGAGGCGGAGCUCUAGGAACUUGUCAGAACCGCCCAGGUUUAGGUUGGGCUCCAACUGCUAGGAAAGGCGUGUGAGGGGAGGUAUUGGAGCAGUACGUUGGGCCCCAUUUUCACGUGUUUCCUACUGAUGGAGAUGAGAGACCAUUACCUGAGUAAUCUCCUUCCUCUGUUGUGUAAUUCAGUGUUUCUCUUGCUGAUGCUGCAUUUUCCAGGCUCUGAGUUCGAGUCCUGAAUAAAUACCCCAAAAGCCCAUGAUUUAUAUUUGUGUUUUUAGGUUUUAUCCCUGGCUUUUAUUUUGCAUCAGGAAGCCACAGGGCAUGGGAGUCAGCAGAACUGGGUCUAUCCACAGUUCUGCUACCGAGUCACCAAAUGACCUUGAGCGAGUCAUGUCAUCUCCCCCUACCUCAGUUUUCUCAUCCGUAAAAUGGAGAGAAAGAUAUUGUUGUAUAGUAUAUAUG